AUGGCGCUGAAUCUGGUGAUGCUCGGUCCGCCGGGGGCCGGCAAGGGGACGCAGGCGGUGCGUGUCGAGCAGGAGCGCGGCAUCCCGCAGAUAUCGACCGGGGACAUCCUGCGCGAAGCGGUCAAGGCGGGAACCGACCUCGGACGGCAGGCGCAGGCAGUCAUGGAGCGCGGCGAGUUGGUCAGCGAUGCGCUGAUCGUCGAGAUCGUGCGCGAGCGUCUGGCGCGCGACGAUACGCGGGACGGCUUCAUCCUGGACGGAUUCCCACGCACCGUCGCGCAGGCAGAAGCGCUCGACCAGAUCCUGGCCGGCCGCGACCCGCUGAUCGUCGUCGAGUUGAGCGUGCCGGAUCAGCCGCUGGUGCAACGGCUCUCGCGCCGCCGCGUAUGCCGUGAUUGCGGGGCGACCUACGGCGCCGGAGCCGGCGGGGAGGUCCCGACUGUGUGCACGCGCUGCGGCGCAGCGCUGAUAGCGCGCAAGGACGAUCGCGAGGAGGUCGUGCGGGAACGGCUCCGGGUGUAUAGCGAGCAGACCGAGCCGCUGGUGGUGUUCUACCGGGAUCGCCCGAGUUUCCGGCGCGUGGACGGGAAUCAACCGGCCGCUGCGGUGCGGAUCGCCAUCGCCGACGCGAUCGAUGCCGCGCAGGCGGCCAUGCGCGUCCGGUCGUCGCCAGCGGUGUGA